GAAGUUGGAUCCUCCGUUGUUUUUGAUGACGGUUUAUUGGUAGGGCGUGGAUGACAGUGGGAAGUAAAUACGGGCAGAUGUUCAGCAAAUGCUGAGAAUUUUUUUUCGCUUCUCUUUUCUCUCGCCCCUUCGCAUCCGGAGUCCGGACCCAGAGCACGUUCGUCGGCCGUGAACCCACGACGGACAUGAACACGGCACCCGUCCCAGGUUCAACAGGUGUCCAGGACAAAGCGACCGAGCCUGCAACUCGUAUCAGCACAACAACAACAACGGAAUAAAAUGAUUCAAGAGAAUGGGGAAAACGCUGAGGGUCUGGUCCCUGUAUUAUUUAAUCAUUUCUAUUUUUAUCUCUUUUGAGUACAGCACCGCUGUCAAAACAGGUGAAUGUAGAGGAGUUGUGAGUUGCCUUAAAUGUGAUGGAAUCAACUUGACUCAUUGUACAAAAUGUAGUCAACUAGUGUUGAGAAACAAAGAGUGCUCUCCUGAAAGAGACGUUUGCCCCCCUGGCUACGAUUCAUCGUGGUCGUCUCUAGUCGAUUACAUGUCGACCAUAUGCCAAGAGAGACUGAAAUCGAAAGGUCUGUCGGGGGAGGCUAUGGGGGCGUCAUUGGGAAUCGUACUAUGUAUAGUUUCCGCUUUAGCAUUUGGCCUUUAUUGCAAGUAUUCGAGGAAGGUCGGAAAACAUCCACCCUCUUUAUCACAUUCUACUCAAGGAAGUGAAGAAAGUGAAAGAGACUCUAUGGAGUACCUUAAAGAAAUCAGAGAACUGAGAAGUGAAGCUCCUGUCUUCUUGGAUAUGCUUAAUGAAACCAGGAGUCAAGUUCGAUCGUUAAGCAGCUAUUCUGCACUUCAACCUUACAAGCCAGUGUUAAAAGAUCUAUCGAGGAUAUUGAUACUGUUAAAUAAACCUGAGAACCAAUUGACCACACCGCCGCCAGAUUGGGAAACUCUGUUCAAUUGGGCACACAGGAUAUUGAACCGUUACAAGAAACAUCAUAACAACCAAGUAACGGAACUUGUAAAUUUUUUGAGAACGGAACCGAGCCAUUUUUCGGGUGUAUCGUCCAGCACUGGCUUUGACUCAAAUUACAACACGAGAAAGAGAACUUCUGACGAGUUCAUCGAUUGGAGGGUUCAGUCUCAUCUGGACGAUUUUGUUUCUCUGGGGUUCAGACCUCAAGACGAAAUAACGACAGAACUCUAAUAGCCUCUCGGCCAAAGUUAGUUUAUUUUGUAAUUAACUGUUUUGCUUAUCAUUUAUAAAAGGAUUUUUUAUCUCAUUUUAAUUUUUCAUUUUGUUAAACCAGUUUUGAGUUCUAAACUGAAAAUUUCCCACCUUUUUAUUGUGUCAUUUUUAAUUUAAAAUUACCUUUCAAUCAAGUUUUUGUUUAAUUAUUUUCAAAAUUUCCAAAUGUAAUAUUAAUUUCCUAUAAAGCUUUAAAUAGUGUCUAAUUUUUUAUUUUAAAGUAUUCAUUGUACUUUGUAUAUUUUUUGCUAGUUUUACCAGUGAUCUUGUAGAUAUUUUAUAUAUAUAUAUAUAUAUAUAUAUACCCCAA